GGGAACCACAAGAACCAGCAACAGCCCAGUCUGCAGCAGCAGCACCAUGAAGAUACUCCGGUUAAAAAUGCAUUGUCUCAGAAGUCAUUCUUGCGGGAAGUUACAGACCAACUAGGCAUUAUUCUAUGGAGAAACUCUUUACUGCAGUUACGUUACUGGCGAGCUACUCUUGCACAGACUCUGGGUGCUCCUGUUAUUUUUAUGCUACUUUUGUUUAUUCUUCAGCGUGCAGAUUACUCCUAUCAGAGCAUAAGCAAUCCAACUCCUCCUUCUUCUACUCUACAGGGUGUGUUCGAAUGUCAGGGUAGAAAUCCAAGUGACAAUUGCAUCAAUAUCAUGUAUACACCAGUGACUACUUCUACUACAAAUUAUAUGAAAACAUUUGCCACUCUCAAUUCUGCUAGAACAGGACAGUCCCCGUUGGUUCUUGAAGCCCCAUUAUCUUCUGUUAAUACACGACCAGCAAGGAAAAUGGGUAUUGUUCCAGUCCCAGAUGCUCCAUUUAUUUAUGAAUACGCUUUAAGAUGGCCCAACGUUACUGCUUGGGGAGUCUCAUUCAGCGAAUCAAAUUCAAACGGCGUCAACAAUAUCCAGUACCAGAUUUGGUACAAUUCUACUCGUGUUGCAAAUAUCAGUGAUGUGUUUGGUCGUCAGGUUGUGUCUUUUUUGCGUGGAAUGGACGAAGCCAUUAUUUCGGUACUUAACGAUCCUACCGCUACUGUCACUGCCGACAUUGAUGUCACAGUUAGAGAUUGGCCUGUUGUGCCACCCGUUGUGCUUUCUGAAAAAAUUGUGCAGAAUCUUGGUCCAGUAUUCUUUUUUUGUUGCACCAUGGUGAUUUUUAUCAGUGCGCUUAACCAGACUGUUAUUGAAAAAGAGCAAAAAUUGCGUCAUAGUAUGGAGAUAAUGGGUCUGAAACCCAUGGUGUACUGGAUUGGCUCGUAUCUUAGUAAUAUGCUGUUGCUUGUCAUCAGCUCGCUUUUUACAACUACUUUGGGAUACAUUUUUCAGUUUGGCUCAUUCAAAAAUGCCAAUUUCGGUGUACUCUUUAUAACCUUUUUUCUUCUUGGCCUGGCAAUGCUUUCAUUCGGAUUUCUUAUCACGACGUUUGUUCGUAGUGCUCGCGUUGCUAUUCUUGUUGGCAUUUUUGUCUUUAUCAUUGGUCUGCUUUUUGAAUCCUUUGUUUUUUCGUCUGGGUUUGUCGGAUAUAUUUGGUGGAGGAAUACCACGCCUUCGAUUAUUCCUACCAUUAUGGGGUUGAUGCCGUUUUUCAACUUUGGAAAAUGCUUUUUAGACAUUUCUACCCUGACUACGGGAAAACUCAGCGAUCUUACUGGCACAUACAUUCCUGGACCAGGAUUGUCAUGGAGCAGCAUAUAUACUCCCAUUUCUGCCACACUUUUGCCAGCCUACUCGGAUGGCAUAACGCCCAAGAUUCCAGCAUUGAUUGUAUCGUGGUAUUUUCUUAUUUUCGAUAUUAUUUUUUAUGGCGUGUUGACGUGGUAUUUUGAUCGUGUUAUUCCUGACGAGUAUGGAUCAUCUCUUGUACCAUGGUUUUUUAUUCAACCAACCUAUUGGGGUCUCGAGUCCCAAAAGCAGCGAAAAGUCGACCGUGAGGAUUGGUUGGAUGAAGUCAUGGCCACAUCUGCACGCGAAAAGAUGGAACGCGAAGACAGCGAUGUCUUGGUUGAGCGCAGUCGGGCUCUCUCUGCAGCAUUCUGGCCUGCUGCAAAAAUAGUUCAUCUUCGUAAAGUGUAUACAUCCUACUUUGGCAAGGAAGAAAAAAUCGCUAUCAAGGAUUUAUGCCUGACGUUUGAAGAAGGAAAACUGUUGGCCCUACUGGGACAAAACGGUGCUGGAAAGUCUACAACCAUGAACAUUCUUUCUGGACUCACGCCAUCCACACUAGGUGAUGGAUACAUGUAUGGGUACUCUGUGUUUUACCAAAUGCAUCAUAUUAGAAAGAUUAUGGGCGUUUGCCCCCAGCACGAUGUUCUGUUUCCUGACUUGACUGCACGUGAGCAUAUUUACCUGUAUGCUGGUCUCAAGGGUGUUCCUCGUGAUCAAUGGGACAUACUGGUGGACGAGCGCCUUCAUGCCGUGCGACUGUUAAAGGUGGCCGAUCAUAGAUCUAAAACGUAUUCUGGCGGCAUGAAACGCCGUCUAUCACUUGUGAUUUCGACACUCGGUGAUCCCAAGAUCGUCUUUCUUGAUGAGCCCACAACGGGCAUGGAUCCCGUCAAUCGCCGUCACGUCUGGUCCUUUAUUGAAAAAUUCAAGCAAGGCCGAGUGAUUGUCCUCACUACACAUUCGAUGGAAGAAGCCGAUGUAUUGGGGGAUCGGAUUGCGAUCAUGGCCCAUGGACGACUUCGUGCCAUUGGCGACUCUGUUUCAUUAAAAAACAAAUUUGGAGCAGGAUAUCGUAUCUCGAUUGUCACCAACCCGUCAAUGAUUGAAGAAGUCAAGGCAGAGGUGUAUCGCUAUGUUCCAGGAGCGACAUUGGAGGAUGACUCUGCAGGUGCAUUGAUUUAUCAAUUUCCAGUUUCCAGCACCAAUCGAAUUCCCGCACUCGUGCGACAUUUAGACUCCAAUUUGGAUGGAUUAGUCAGAGCUUGGGGAAUCAGCCAAACCACUUUGGAGGAAGUGUUUUUGCGGAUUAUUCGGGAUGCCAAUCCCAAUGGGUAUAGAGGUGACGAACAUGAGGUGUUGGAUGAUACAGCAGUGUUGCCAGGAACGCUAAAACCAACAUUUUCGGUACGAAGACGUAAUACGGGCAAAAGGGUUUUGGCAACCUCUGCCGAAAGUGCUGCCGAGGCGGGUGAUGCUCAAAUGCCCAGGAAUUUCAAUACCUAAUCAUGUAUUGAACAGCAUCAUUUACCCCUACUUCAAACCGCUUAAAUGACUGACGACUCUUUUAGUUGUUUCAAUAUGGGUAGUAUAUAAAGAGCACCGGAUAAUACCGUUUUACUUGAAUGAAAGAUUCAGAUAUUUUCAUUGUAAAUAUCGUGG